CCGGGAUUGUCGUCUCAUCGGCCGAACGUCCACUUCGUCUCGUGGCAUGGUGGCAGGCUGUGGACGACAAACUGUUGCCUCAACCACUGAUAUCGGCGACAAAUCAACAUCGACCGACGACGCAAGUCUGCCAACCCAAGACGGAUAUCAUCACAACCCAAUUUUUGAUGCUUCCCAGGAUCGAUUGAUGCAACACUGAGCGCCAAUAGAGCUACGAUCCACCCAGCACCUUCGACGAUUCUCAUGCGUCCAGGACGCUGAAGGUCCCCCGAGCAAACAGCAAGGCCCAGCCAACACCACCACCACCUCAACUACCUAUUCCCCCCACCACCCACCGCCGUAUCCGAUAUCGCACAUAUCUCCCUUUUCUCUGGCUAUUUCUCUUCCUUCUACCUCUUAUUUCACCGCACGAAACGCCGCGCGCGCAUGCGUGCCGUCGCCACAAUGCGCGACCGGCUUUGCACCUUGCUCCUCAUUCUGGCGACCUCGUUGACGACACGGGCGCUAGAAGCGAAGCUGGACCAAACGCCGGAGAACCGUGAGAGAUGCAUGGGCAUGUACUCCCGAAGCACAUGGGGAGGGCCCUCGGAUCCGUACAUCCUCGUCAGGUUCGACAAGGUCGAGGCAGACAAUGAUCCUGUCACCAGCCUGCUGCUAUUUGAGUGGAAAGACCAGGACUACGUCCUCUUCUCACCAUCCGACGAUACCCCCAAGAGACUCACUGUCUGUGAGCCCAACCAUGUCAGCGCCGGCUUCUGCGACGAGUCCAAGCUCGGCGAGUUUAUCCUGGGUGCAAACACGAACGAUUCGACAAACAAGAUCUUCACGCAGGCUAUCCACCUCAAGGAUCCACAGCCCAUCAAGUACCCCAUCACGAACACGGGUUACUACUGCAUCUUCACAGAGGGGCCUUCCGAGUACCGCGCCAUCGCCGAGUUCCGCAAUGCCUACGGCGAGCUGCCGGCGGCCCAGAUCCCAAAGCUUCCUUUUUACGGCGGCAUCACCAUCCUCUAUGCGCUGAUUGCCGUCUUCUGGGGCUUCCUGUACUACCAGCACCGCUCCGACAUCCUCCCUGUGCAGAACUACAUAACGGCCAUCCUGCUGUUCCUCGUCGUCGAGAUGCUGCUCACCUGGGGAUUCUACGACUACCUUAACCGCGUCGGCUCCAACGUAGGCUCCAGAGUGAUGCUUGUCUUGGUCGCCGUCCUCAACGCCGUGAGGAACUCGUUCUCCUUUUUUCUGCUGCUCAUCGUCUGCAUGGGCUACGGUGUUGUCAAGCCGACGCUUGGCAAGACUAUGGUUUACGUUCGCUGGUUGGCCAUCGCCCAUUUCAUCUUCGGCUUGGUGUACGCUGUCACCAGCCUUGUGAUCACCCCAGACACUGCGGGACCGUUUGUGCUGCUGAUCGUGCUGCCGUUAGCGGCAACUCUAACAGCGUUUUACGUCUGGACGCUGAACUCGCUCAACCUGACGCUCAAGGAUCUGAAGGAACGGAAGCAGACCGCAAAGUCUACCAUGUACAAGAAGCUUUGGUGGUGCAUCCUGAUCAGCAUCCUCGUCAUUUUCGGGUUCUUCUUUUUCAACAGCUUCUCCUUUGCGUCUGGUACUAAGGACCCCGACUACGUCCCGUUCCACUGGAAGACGCGGUGGUUUGUGCUCGACGGGUGGUUGAACCUGGUGUACUUCGCCGAUGUCGCGUGGAUUGCCUACGUGUGGCGGCCGACUGCCAACAACCGCCGUUUUGCCAUGUCGGACGAGAUCGCGCAGGAGGACGACGGCACGUUUGAGAUUGCCAACAUGGACAUUGGGGCCCCUGACGACUCGGACGACGAAGAGGCCCAGGUGGGGACCAAGAAGCCCGCGAGCACAAUGCCCUCGGCCAGUACACCUGGCAAUACCGCUGGGGCAACAUCGGCGUCGGCGGCGAGAGGGUCGCGGCCGCAAGCAAAAGCGGCACCGUCGCCCCCAAGAGAGUCCCUCGACGGCGAGACCAUCUUCGCAGUUGGUGAGGAUGGAGACAAGUUCUCGGACGACGAAGGGUCCGAGUCGGGACGCCUAGUCAAGGGCAGAAAAUAGACAGGCUCUGUGGGGUGGUUCACGAUGGAACAAUAGCGAUCUAGGAGUCCUUGGGAGUCAUCACGCGGACGAAGGCCAGCGAGGAGCCAUAUAUCUGGUCCGAGGGGUGUGAAAGAUAAAAAACGAAUGGUAAUCUCAUUCACCCCUUUGCACCAAGGGGUUUACCGUCAACAUCCCUCGUUCAUUUUGCUCUUUUUUUUCUCUCUUGUUUUUUUGACCGUCUUCUUUUCUCCUCAGUUUUAGACUUUCUUCCUCGAGCAUUGUUUCAUGUCUCGAUGCUAUGAUGUGCGAGAGAUGAUCAGGUAAUAUCAGUUUGAACAUGAUGCAUGCGCGCAAGUAGUAGGUAGGUGCAGGUACCUAUCACAAAACCCAAUGACUUGGCACGACGAAGGUGCACCAACCCGA